AUUGGUCUUUUCUUCUCUUGUAUCAUCACAACCUCCUCCUCUACUCAUCUCCUCACCCUGAUAUCACCAUGAAGUACGACCUCGGCCUCGUCUCCUCGGGCUUGCUGCUCCUCGCCUCCGUCGGCGACGUCGCAGCCCAGUGCCAGCUCCCCACCUCCUACAAAUGGACCUCAAGCGGUGCCCUCGCCGAGCCCAAGAACGGCUGGAAGUCUCUCAAGGACUUCACCGUCGCUCCCUACAACGGCGGCCAGCUGGUCUACGCUACUGUCUUCGGCACCAGCUGGGGAUCCAUGGCCUUCAGCCCCGUCUCCAACCUCAACCAGCUCGGUUCCGCCACCCAGACCGGCAUGAGCUCUACCGCUGUCGCCCCUACUCUGUUCUUCUUCAAGCCCAAGAACAUCUGGAUCCUCGCCCACCAGUGGGGUCCCACCAAGUUCUCCUACAGGACCUCCAGCAACCCUACCAACCCCAACGGCUGGUCUGCUGCUCAGCCUCUCUUCACCGGCGAGAUCGCCAACGCCCCCUUCGGCCCCAUUGACCAGACUGUCAUUGGUGACAGCAAGAACAUGUACCUGUUCUUCGCCGGCGACAACGGCCGCAUCUACCGCGCCAGCAUGCCCAUCGGCAACUUCCCUGGCAGCUUCGGCAGCAGCUCCCAGAUCAUCCUCCAGGACACCGAGGACAACCUCUUCGAGGCCGUGCAGGUCUACUCCCUCCAGGGACUCAACAAGUACCUGAUGAUCGUCGAGGCCAAGGGCAAGAACGGCCGUUACUUCCGCUCCUUUACCGCCAACAGCCUCGACGGCACCUGGACCGUCAACGCCGGUACCGAGAGCAACCCCUUCGCCGGCAAGGCCAACAGCGGCGCCACCUGGACCAACGACAUCAGCCACGGAGAGCUGGUCCGAACCAGCAACGACCAGACCUUCCCCGUCGACCCUUGCAACCUCCAGCUCCUCUACCAGGGCCGCAACCCCAACGUUGGUGGCGAGUACAACGACCUUCCUUACCGCCCUGGUCUGCUCACCCUCAAGAAGUAAGCAGAUUAAAAAAAGUGCUAGCACUGAUUUGCUUUCUGGUUUUUGCAAGGACGUGGAUGCUGGAC